UUUUUGUACCACCCUCCCUCACCACCGCUAGCACGAAAAGGCACUACGGUUCCACCAGCGACUCGGACAUUCCGUCCCGUGACAGGAGCCCAUGGAGGGCUUCCUCUCGACCACGGAAGCCUCGUGCUUCUGCCGGGUCGCCAGCGCGGAAAAAGGCAGUCGUCUAUCCGAGAUGUCGCUUCUGCUGCUCGUACUCGCUUGCGCUACUUGGACUGUUGGAGCGCUCGAGGAAUCGGGACCACCCCACAUCGUGUUCAUCUUAGCCGACGACCUGGGAUGGGCCGACGUGAGCAUGCACGGCUCCCCGCAGAUCCCGACGCCCAACAUAGACGCCCUGGCCUGCACGGGAAUGGCGCUCAACAACUACUACGUGCAACCGCUCUGCUCGCCUUCCAGGGCGGCGCUGUUGAGCGGCCUCUACGCCAUACACACCGGUUUUCAAGAAAGCGCCAUAUUGCCCGGAGUGCCAGCGGCAUUGUCCCUGAACGUGAAGAUUAUGCCCGAGUAUCUCAAAGAUCUGGGCUAUGAAACGCACAUGCUAGGAAAGUGGCACAUUGGAUACCAAAGCCUGAAUUAUACUCCAACAUUUCGAGGCUUCGACAGCUUUUGCGGCAUACACACUGGGCCUGACGACUACUACAGCCACAUCUUGGAAUGGGAAGGUCACAGAGGCCUUGACUUCUGGAACGAUACGCAGCCCCUUACGGCCGAGGACGGAAAAUAUUCUACCACUCUGUUCACGGAGCGGGCUGCUUCUAUCAUAUCGAACAGGGAUAAAUCAAAACCCCUGUUCCUGUACCUGGCGCAUCAGGCGUCACACAGCGGCAUCAAUCCGAAUCCAUUGCAAGCCCCGGAGGAAAACGUGGCUAAAUUUCCGUACAUUGGCCAACCGGACAGAACGACUUAUGCGGGGAUGGUGGACGCCCUGGACCAGUCCGUCGGGGCUGUUCUGGAGGCGCUCGAAGCCGAGUCCAUGCUGAGGAACACGAUCAUCGUGUUCAGCAGCGACAACGGUGGCUCCCCCACGGGAUUCGUGUCCAACUUCGGUUUCAACUGGCCCUUGCGCGGUGCCAAGCAGACUGUUUGGGAAGGUGGCAUCCGUGCAAGCGCGUUCAUCUGGAGUCCUCAGCUUCGUCAUGGCGGGAAGGUGUCGCAGCAGCUCAUGCACAUCACUGAUUGGUUGCCAACGCUAUACGCGGCCGCUGGAUUUCUUUUUAAAUCUGACCACACAGGAGGAGACGUGAAGCGCCUAGGUGCUCUCGACGGUAUCGACACGUGGCACUCCCUCGUCGUCGGCAAGCCGUCACCUCGCAGCGAGAUACUGCACAACAUCGAUCAGAAUGCCGGAAUAGCUGCUCUGCGUUAUCGAGACUUCAAGCUAGUCGUGGGGAGCGACGGGGAAAUGGACGCGCGCUUCGAGGUCCCAGGAGGUAGCCGACCGUACGGAGACCUGGACGCCCUGCUGAAGCAGUCCAAGGCAGCCGCCGUGCUGAGGCGAUUCUACGGGAAGAAGGAUGUGUUCAAACACGUCGACAGAUGGAGGCUGCAGGCGACGAUCAAGUGCGGUCAUGUUCACGACGCCAACUUCCGAAUGGGCGGCUCCUACUACCUCUUCGACAUAGUCGAUGACCCGUGCGAGCAGCGAAACUUGGCCAAGGAGCGGCCCGACGUCUUGUCUAUGAUGUUGGAAAAGCUCGCCAUCUACAACGAGACGGUGGUGCCACCUGUGACUACACUGGAAGACCCCAGGAGUUACCCUGACCAGCACAAUGGCAUUUGGGCACCAUGGCUUUGAAAGUGAAAUGGGAUGCGUAGUCAUCGACCUUAUUUUGAAGAUAGUGGACCAACCACAUCGUUCAACCUGAAAAAUGAGUGACGCCUCAUCGCGUACACUUACGCGCCUUCGCGCAAGGAGCCGAUCCUCUUAAGGACUUGUCCCUUCUAAGUUAGGACCUCCAUUUGUAUAUGCCGUACAUUACGAAUUCAUACUGCGCAAGAAAUGAAUUCAAUCAAUUAUUUGACAGUGAUUUCUAUCGCCCUAGAGCUUCUUAGAAAACUAGGUGGCAUCGCAUCGACGCAAUCCCUCUUUCGCAGUGGCACGAAGAAAUAUAUACAGACAGAACCAAUGCAUGGUUUGUAGGGACAAAUUUCUGACAUGUUUCUUCACGAAUAAGGUAUGCAAGCAUUUAAGUGUAAUGUGCCGUGUGUUGAAACCUGCGGAAAAUUAAAAAAAAAAUUGCAAAGUUG